AUGGCGGACAAAUAUAAAGACCAAAACUAUGAUAUUGCAGAAGAUUCUGAUGAAGAAAGGAGCCUGAAGGGUAUUCUCAAACCAAACACACCUUCAAGAGAGGAGAAUAUGAAGCACAAGAGAAGAAUCAGUUGGGGACAGCAAAAGACUAAGGAGUUCAAGCAGAUUAGUGAUGGGACAAGUUCCAAUCAAACUUCAAAAAGAAGGAAGAGUAAUACACGUUGGGGCCCUGAACAUGUAGGCAAGAUCUCUUUUAAAGAGGAGAAGAAAGAUCUCUUGCAGAGCAAUGAUAAUUACACUGACAGCUUAAUUAUUUCAAGUGAAGAGCGCAAACGGAUGAUUGAAGAAGAUGACAGUGAAUUUUCGGAUAAUAAAUACAAAGACCAAAAGCUUCAAAAAGAAUCUAAGAAUUCUAGAACAUCUUAUAAAACUGUUCAUAAGACUGAAGGAGAGUCAGAGUUUAGUAAAGAAAAUGAACAAGAAUCUAGAAGACCUAAGCGUAGGACAACAACUCUUAAAUAACAUGCUUAAAAAGAAAAACAAACCAGAUAAGACUCAAAGCAGAUAUAGCACCCAUUCCUUCCUUACUGAAGAUGAAGAAAAUAUAGAUGAGGAAAAUAUCCAAGUUGAAGAUGAGAAAGAGCCAGAGAAGGAUAAUAUCACUAUAUUUCAGCCUCACAUUCCAGAAAGAAGUCGAGAUUCAAUGACUCCACUUAAGCCUUCAAAGCAAAAAUCCUUAGAUGACUCCUUGAUAAAACUCAGGAAGAAAAGUCAGGCAGAAAGAGAGUUCAAUAAUGAUAGAAGACGGAAUUUAGAGAAUAUGUAUCGUGCUUGCAAAAGCCCUAAGCCAAAUACAAGACAUCUGCAUAAUAAUGUGAAAGGUGUUUCCUUAAAAAGCCCAUAUGGAAUAUCCAGCAUCGAUGAGUCCAAGAUCCUCAGACACGAAAAGAGUAGAUUAAAACAACUGGAACAGAGCAAGUAUACUAAAUUUUUUAACUCAGUUUUGAGUGACAUCAAAAGGAUAGAAAAUUGUAAAACUCAGAACCCUAACUUAAUCUUCCUCCUUAAACAAGAGAAGAAGAAGCUCAAAACAGUUGCUAGGAUAAUAAACCAGGUUAUUGAUAAGGAAAAGUUAGAGAAAAAGCUGCUCCAAUUAAUGAACAAAAAGAUCGAGAACCAGCAGCUCGUGACUAAGGUUGAGACCUUCAAAGCGAGAGCUAACAUAAUUCAUAACAAAAAGAAAGAGAAAAUGUAUAUAGAUAAUGUAUUUGCGAUGUUAUUUAUAAAGCAUACUAUUCAAUGAGAGAUAUGCUACACUGAAAUGAAUCAGUCCUCUCCAAUUGUGUUUGAGCUAUUCCCAAUUACUCCAAUCACUCAUGGGGAUGAGAAACUACUAGCUCCUCAUUUUGGCCUUUUUAAAGUCAAAUUAAGGGUUAAUAAACACCAAGGGAAAUUUGUUGAGAUUGUUUCCAACUAUGAACUUAAACAUUUCUUUAACAUUAAGGAUUUUCCAACCUAUUACGCAGAUGACAAAGGAAAUACAAUUGAGGAAGUAGACCCAAAGAAAUUUAUGUCAGAGAUAUUUACUUUCUUAUGCGAUAAAAUAAAUGCAGUGGUUCAGCAUGCAAAUGAAAGAAUUCAUAUGAAAACUUUGAUAAAUAUAUGAUCAAACAACUUGUUUGGCUACAAAAUGUUUAUUGAGGAUCUCAGGGAUAUUUAUAGUGGAAAAUACUCAAAUAUCUACAUAGAUGAACUAAAAAUCAGAAACAACAUCCUCGAAGACCCUGAACUACACACAUCUCACGACCCACUAAUCUACAUAACCUUAUGAGUAAUAACCACUAACCCCACUCGGUCAGAACUAAUGCUCUCCCUCUUCUGUGACCACAAAUUCCUCUUCACCACUAAUUUCCUCCAACUCGCCCCUCUCUCAACCACAGCCCAGCCUCCCCCAUCCCUCACUUCCCAAAUCCCCAGUCAAAAUCUCCCCUUACACAAAAUCAUUACUUAUUUUUCCUAA